GUCAAUAAAGCAAAGAUUGCACGUGUUAGUAUUUGUAUACACUGUGCACUGUGCAGAAAUGUUUUGAAUUGGUUAAGAAAAAUGCAUCCAUAGGUUCUUCAACACAAAUAACUUGCUUAGCAAGGCGUAUCUCGCUGAAGCGUCAGAAUCAUAGCUACCAGUUGUAAAUUACGACAGUGUUUUGAGAAUUGCUCAUUGGAAAUAAAUCGCAUAACAUUUUUAGACAGGCUAAUAUUUGUUAUUUUAGGCAAGAUGUGGAACUUGAGAAAUUUGACCCCACCACCAAAUUUCACCUACAGAUGCCGAGCUAUAGAUGUAGCAACACUGAAAAAGGCCUGCUUGAGAGCAGUUGCUGUGUUGCAAGACCAAAAGCAGUUGCAUUCUGAAGCUGCUCUGCUGUCUCGAUUUAUUUAUACCAUGAAGACUAAAUUUCGAUCUGAUAAAGGCUUUGAUAUCUUGGGAAAGGUGAACAGGGGCUUGUUGAAGUAUCUCUCAUUGAACCUUCAUUCAGCGUAUGUGAAUUUCUGUGAGUGUGUCCCAGACCCAAGUGACCCAGACCAGUAUGUCCCAUCCCGCCAAAUGCUUCAGUAUUUACUUGUACGAACUCAAAGCUUUGGGCAGUUGUGGUGCUAUAUAAUUUCCCAGUGCGUAGAAGCAGGAAAGUAUCUUAGAGCUCGCAUGGAACUUGGACAUAACUGGUGGGCUGCUGUGGUUGCACUGGGAAUAACUAGUCGAAUAUGGGCAUAUGGGAAGUACCUAAUUAGUUGUGCUUGUGAAUGGUUCUCACAGUUGAAACCUUUCUUGGAGAUCCUUAAGGUGAAUGGUCCACCAUGGUUACCUGAUAAUUACCACUUUCCUGAAGAUCUCCGUCAGUGGCUUGGUGUGAAUUUUCAGGAGAAGAAGAAUAUGUCACAAAAAUUUGGGAUGAAGGCAAGAGUUUCUGGCAACAGUAUAGACAAACUGUUGGAUGCAUCUGAUGAUAAUGAUGUUGAGGGUGGUGGUGGUGGUGAUGAUGAUGAUGAUGAUGAUGAUGAUGAUAUUAUUGAGAUAGUAGGUGACAGCUCUCCAGCAGAAAAUGUGGAGAAAUGCUCUCAACAGUUUGAAAAGAUAGGUAUACCAGCAGAGAGCUUGGACCAUGUGUCACAGAAAAAAACAACUAUGCCUUUGAAGGAAGAUCUUGGAGAGCUGGUAAUGCGGAAAAAUGUAGUAGUGAUUAGCAGAAAAAACAAUGAUCAGAACUCAGAAGCAGACAGUAGAAUGCUCAAAUUGACAUCACCUAAGAAUGAGCCAAGUAGCGAAUAUACUUCAUAUGAUUGUUCUACUAUCGAAAACUCAAGUUCCACCACCAAGAGUUUGACUAACACCCAAAAAGUGGAUCCAAAAGUACAUUAUGAAGCUCCUCCAGUGGCUGCUACAGAAAAAAAUAAAAAAGUAAAGAACACAUCUAAUACAGAUUCGCAAUCACUAACAAAUAGAAUCAGUGCGCCGAAGAUAGUAAAGAGACAAAUUGCUCAGUUAAAAACUCAUUUUGACUUGAUUGCAUUUUUGAAAAUGGAGGAAACUCUUAGAAAUCAGAACAUAAAAUCAUGUAUUACUCAUAACUUGGAUAUGCUGCAAUGGAACAUACUAAAAAAUCUUAUUUCUUCACAUAUCACAAAGCUUAAGAAGAAGCAUGCAUCCAGAAAUGAAGAGAGAUAUGAAACACUCAUGAAGAAAGUGCGGAAAACAAUAGCAGUUAGCCUAGGUUAAUAUUUAUUUUGAUACUGGUGUGAACAGGUGAACGCAUGUUUUUGUUGUUGUGGUGUCUUGGUAGGAGUAACAUCUGUAUUUUGCCAUGAAUUAUGAAUAACUGAAGUGUGAAAUUCAUCAGUAUUACACAGUAUAUAGAAUUCAGUGUAUAGAGGGUAGUAUGCUUGAAUUAAUUUUGAGAAGACUUUUGCGUUGUUGCAGAAUAUGCCUUUUGUGUUGUAGCAGAAUAUGCUGUAUAUAAAUAAAGAUGUUAACAAUGUAUUACCCCUUGGAUAUACAUGUGUAAUACUGGGUUUCUUUUGUGUACCAUGUAUGUAAUUUUUAAACCAAGAGUUUACCACCUGCCAGUACUAGAAUGCUUUUUGUUCAUGACAAGGGAACCCCACAUUGUAGAAGUUCAAUCGUUAAUAUCUUUCAAUUUUUGUAUUGUGCAUAUUACAUCACCAUCAAGAAGCUCUACUCAGUUUGCAUGCUCUUUCACUUGCUUAACUGAAUAAGUGUUGUACUGUUGCUCAUUAAUAUUUUUGUUCUACCACAGUUGUUCAUUCUGUCUGGCAUUAGUAAUGUUAAUUAUAGUGUGACUGUGUAUGAAAAUUAAAAUCAAAACAUUGAA